CUGUGAGUGUUAAUAAUUUGUCAUCUUACUUAGUUCCAUCUCUCAUUUUUCAUCAAGCCAUGGCUGGUUCAUCUGUUUCUUCCCAAACCGAAAAGGAUACCUCCUCUGGCUCUUCAGAAACUAAAGGAGGAAAAUCUGUUCAGGAAGGAGAUAAUGCAUUGGAGAAACAUGUAGCCUUCUUCGACAGGAACGGAGACGGCGUCAUUUAUCCUUGGGAAACCUACCAAGGAUUUAGAGCGAUCGGGGCAGGGCGUCUCCAGUCGGCUUUUGGUGCUGUCUUCAUCAACAUGGGACUAAGCCAGAAAACUCGUCCGGGCAAGGGUUUCUCGCCGUUGUUUCCAAUAGAAGUGAAGAAUAGUCGCCUUGCCAUCCACGGUAGUGACACUGACGCCUAUGACAAAGAUGGAAGAUUUGUGGAAUCGAAAUUCGAGGAAAUAUUCAAGAAACAUGCUCACACACAUCAAAAUGCACUUACUUACAAGGAAAUUCAACAAUUGCUUAAGACUAAUAGAGACCCUAAAGAUUACGGUGGAUGGAUUUCAGCAUAUGCAGAAUGGAAGAUAUUACAUGAGUUAUGCCAAGACAAAAAUGGUUUGUUGACAAAAGAGACAGUAAGGGGUGUCUACGAUGGCAGUCUUUUCAAACAGUUGGAGAAACAAAGAUCAUCUUCUUCUUCUUCUCGUGACAAGAAUCAAAAACAGAUGGAGAAACAAAGAUCACCAUCUUCUUCUUCUCGUGACAAGAAUCAAAAACUACGUUAA